AUGGGUUGGUUUUGGGCAAGUCCUCAAGAUGGCUCUUCAAAGCCUGCUAAAUGUCCUGUAGACCAUAAUAGCUUUACUGGGUGCCCUGUUGAUCAGAAACCCGCCUCUACAGGCUGUCCUGUCAAUCACAAUGAUUUUAAACCACAAGCUACACAAGUUUCAUCGCAACCUCAGAUGAGCGGAUGCCCAGUUGACCAUGAAACUCGCUCAAAAUUUUCUUGGUUUAACAAGCCUUCUGGACCUGAUGUUAACAAUAAUAAAAUAAAUCCUCUCAACAACAUGCCCGACUUAUCUUCUAUGAGGGCUCCAGGCCAAAAGCUUGAUCUCCCUACCGAGCGUACUCUUUCAACUAUUCCUAGAGGUUCUACGAACGAAGAGGGUGUUUGGGAAUACCCUUCUCCACAACAAAUGUAUAAUGCUAUGCUUAGAAAAGGAGGUGGUGAGAUAGCUGAGGAUGCAGUGGAACCGAUGGUUGACAUUCACAACUUUUUGAAUGAAGGUGCCUGGUACGAAAUCUUAAAGUGGGAGCAGCCUUACACGAAGGAAACAAAGAUAGAACCUCGUCUUUUGAAAUUUACGGGAAGACCCAACGACACAUCUCCAAGAGCUCAGAUGCUGCAAGUUCUUGGUAAAAUAUAUCCUUCUAAAUUUGGAAUGCCACUUCCUUUCGAUCGCCACGACUGGACUGUUCUUAGAGCCCAAAAAGAUGGUCAAUGGGAAAAGGUCAGAUACGUUAUUGAUUACUAUUGUGUAGAUGACGAAAAGAACAGCGAAGAUCCAGAGUUUGUUUUAGAUGUUCGCCCUGCCCUAGACACCGUAACUAGUGCUGUUGAUAGAUUCAACUUUUGGUCUGGCAGCGUGGUUCAUAAGGCUUUGGGAUUUGAACAGCCUUAUAAAUAA